UGAAGAGCCACGGUCUGAGGCACCACGCAAGGAUACAUCUAUGGACUGGAGAGAGAUGCUUCGCAGACGGUUAGCAGCCCCACAUUCAAGAAAAAGUGAAAAAGAACUUAAAGAUGAAGAAAUGGAUCUGUUUACAAAAUACUACACAGAAUGGAAAGGAGGUAGAAAAAAUGCAAAUGCAUUCUACAAAUCUAUUCCACGGUUUUAUUACAGGCUACCAGCAGAAGAUGAAGUCUUACUACAGAAAUUAAGAGAAGAGUCUAGAGCUGUUUUCCUGCAAAGGAAAAGUAGAGAACUGUUAGAUAAUGAAGAAUUGCAGAAUUUAUGGUUUUUACUGGACAAACAUCAGACACCACCUAUGAUCGGGGAGGAAGCAAUGAUAAAUUAUGAAAACUUUUUGAAAGUUGGAGAAAAAGCUGGACCAAAGUGCAAGCAAUUCUUUAUGGCAAAAGUCUUUGCUAAGCUUAUUCAUACAGAUCCCUAUGGAAGAAUCUCUAUUAUGCAGUUCUUUAAUUAUGUUAUGAGAAAAGUGUGGCUCCACCAAACAAGAAUAGGGCUUAGUUUAUAUGAUGUGGCUGGCCAAGGUUACCUUCGGGAAUCAGAUUUAGAAAACUACAUAUUAGAACUUAUCCCUACUCUGCCACAGUUAGACGGCCUAGAAAAAUCCUUUUACUCCUUUUAUGUCUGCACUGCAGUUAGGAAGUUCUUCUUCUUCUUAGAUCCUCUGAGAACAGGAAAGAUAAAAAUACAAGAUAUUUUAGCUUGCAGCUUCUUAGAUGAUUUAUUAGAGCUUAGGGAUGAAGAACUUUCCAAGGAAAGUCAAGAAACAAAUUGGUUUUCUGCUCCUUCUGCUUUGCGGGUUUAUGGCCAAUAUUUGAAUCUUGAUAAGGACCACAAUGGAAUGCUCAGUAAGGAAGAACUCUCCCGAUAUGGAACAGCAACUAUGACCAAUGUGUUCUUGGAUCGUGUCUUCCAAGAGUGCCUUACUUAUGAUGGAGAAAUGGAUUAUAAGACCUAUCUAGACUUUGUGCUUGCAUUAGAAAACCGAAAAGAACCUGCAGCACUGCAAUAUAUUUUCAAGUUGCUUGAUAUAGAGAACAGAGGAUAUCUGAAUGUCUUUUCUCUUAAUUAUUUCUUCAGGGCUAUUCAGGAAUUAAUGAAAAUCCAUGGACAAGAUCCUGUUUCAUUUCAAGAUGUCAAGGAUGAAAUCUUUGACAUGGUGAAACCUAAGGAUCCUUUGAAAAUAUCCCUUCAGGAUUUAAUCAACAGUAAUCAAGGAGACACAGUCACUACCAUUCUAAUUGAUCUGAAUGGCUUCUGGACUUAUGAGAACAGAGAGGCUCUUGUAGCAAAUGAUAACGAAAACACUGCAGACCUAGAGGACACAUGAUCUUUAACAAACUCAACUAUCUCCUUUGAGACAUGCUUGAAUGCUGUAUGAUCAUACAAGAAUGAAUAAAUUGUAAGGGUGCAGUUAAAAUAUUCACGUA